AUGGAUACCGUAAUCAGCAACCUGCCUUUGCAGAUAAUAGCCAUGUUCUCGAUCGGCGCCUACAAUGCACUGGAAGUGGUGUUGUCCAUUUUCGAGGGGUUCAAAAAGUAUCGCGGUCUCUACUUCUGGAGCAUGCAAGUCGCCGCCUGGGGAAUAUUGAUCCACGCCAUAGCAGCUCAAAUAAGGUACUUGAGCCGCGCUUCCAACCUCUCCAUGACGAUCCCAUUCAGCCUCGGCUGGAUAUGCAUGGUCAGCGGGCAAGCAGUGGUUCUCUACUCCCGCCUACACCUCGUCGUCCACGACGUCUGGCACAUCCGCUGGGUGCUCUGGAUGAUAAUAGCCAGCUUCUUCAUCCUCCACACACCGAUGACUGCGCUCUUCUUCUGCCUCAACCUGGGCGAUGCACGCUGCGCCCGCCCAGCCGCGAUAUUCGACCGGAUACAAGUAACAGGCUUCGGCCUACAAGACACCAUAAUCUGCGCAAUCUACAUGCGAGAAGCGCUGCGCGCGCUGCAGCCCAUAUUCGCAAUGAAAGGUCGCGAAGGCCGGCGAAUAAUCUACUGGCUUUUGGUCGUCAACUUCCUCAGCAUAAUCCUCGACAUAUGCAUUAUCGCGGCGGAGUUCGAACUCCACUACAUCGCGAUCAGCUUCAAGACCGUUGCGUACAGCAUCAAGCUCAAGCUCGAGUUCUACGCCCUGACGCAGCUCCGCGAGCUGACGCGCACGUACCCGUGCACCAUGUGCCAGGGCAUAGAAGGGAAUGCGCGAGUCUCGAGCGACAUCAACAUCUUCGAUAUGCUGGCGAGUCGGCCUCGGCCGGCGAAUAUCGAGGAACAGACGAUGCCUAGCUUUAUGGGAACUGCUAGUCCACCGCCGGUACAUUCGACCCGUGGCAGCACGUAUGAUUUCCAUGAGGCGCUGCGGCAGACGGUAUCGAAUGAGCCAUCUGUUCAUUCACAUGGUGAGAGUCGGCCGCCGUUUCGUUCGUCGGAUACCCAGUCCACGGUUGAGAUGACGUUUCUGGAGACUCCCAAGUAA